AUGUUCGCAAUUGUGCAGUUUAUCGAGAACAACAAGUUCAACGUGUUGGCCGUCCCAACUUCGUGGAUCAAGAAGAACCAAUUAAUGUGGCCAAAAAUAGCGAACGACAAGAUGCGCGAAUCAGGAGCGGAAUUCCGUGGCUCAGUGAAGCAUAUCCCUGUGAUGGUGCUAAAGAAACUUCGCAACUUCGAAGCAGCGGAGAAAGCAGCCGAUGAACUUGCCAAGAAGGACGUGUCGGACGUUGAAGGAAAGCAAAAAAUUCUGAAAGCAAAGAUCAAACCGAAGGUAGUGAGUUCCAAGAACUACGACGCAAUGUUUGAAGAAAUGGGAAUGCCGGCAAAAGUCACCGAGCACCGAGAAGCUCUAUCGCAGAAAGUAGAUGCUCCGUCGAAAGUGGUUGCCCGCGGGAAAAGCGAAAAUAAGCGUAAAGGAACGACGGACUCGCUGACCGGAAGAACAUCGCCCCUGAUCCCAAUGCAGCCAACUCGAUUGGUGCAGUCUCCGCCGACCCAUAACACGAUGACCGUUGAUCUGCCGAAUCAGCAUGUGGCUUCGCAACAUGUACCACAUUCCCCGAUAACUCAGCAAGCUGUGCCCCAAAUUGUGAUGCCGGUGAUGCCAUCUCCAGUGACAGUUCCGGCUGUAUUGUCAUCAGCUCGAACUCAUGCUCAGGCCAUGUUACGAACCCAGCCAUCACAAACACUGUUGCAACCAUCGUCGUCGUACCAGAUGGUUAAGCAGGAGAUGCCGCCCCCGAAACCAACAGGAACACUGAGCCGUUUCCAGAUGCUCGAGACCCAGCCCAGUGAGCAGCCUGAAUCCGUUAUUCUUGAAUCACUACCACCAGAGAUGGUCGAGUCGCAGUUGAACCCAAUUUACUGCACCGAAAACGGCGUUAUCUACGUAACCAACUCUGGGUCGGAUCACCUAAAUUUGGACAACCAUCUUCUAACAGAUGGCAACGGGAAUGUCACCUAUGCUGAUCUAAAGAAGGACUUGCAGAAGUUCAUUCAAUCCAGUGUAGACGCAGCAGUAGAAAAGUCCUUCCAAAGUCACUUCACCCGAAUGACUACACUGAUUGAAAUGGAAGGAAGACCUAAAACUGCGUCCGAACCUACCGAGCAUCCUGUAGAACAGCAUGUCAGAAUUUCGGGUGAAGUUGACCUUCAUAAUUGGAACGCAAAGCUGGCCGACAGUGAGCUAUGCAACCAAUAUCUGCAGUACUUCACUCGAAUCAUUCCACCGAAUUCCUAUGCAAAUAACGGUAACAACGCAUGCUACACUAUUGUGGACUGCUUGUUCACACGGGAAUUUUGGGACCGAUUUACUUGGACUGGAAUCAGCCGCGGUCAAAAAUCCAAACGGGGAUUCAGAGAAUUCGGAAAUGUCCUCGGAUUGCUACUGAAGCUGGUUCAGAUCGGUGACCCUACGUACACGACACAAAAGCUGGAAGAAUUCUGCCGUACCCGUUUGUUCAGGUAUAGCCGCUCGAGAUGUUCAAAUAAGCAGUUGCGUAAAUCCGCGUGUCGCCCUACUCGCAAACGAAAAGCGCCGACAGGAUUGCAAGAUGAUAACGAAGGGCCAGAGGAUGCGCUGCGUGAAAAUGAUGAUCCGGUGAACACAAGUGAUAUUGUAGAAGAGUGCAAUAGUCAAGGAGACGUGGAUCCGGAUACGACGUUUGAUCACGAUGCUGACAUUGAGCCCGAUGAUGGUGAUGAGGAGAUAAUGGAUACAACCGGAGACGUGACUGAUUGAUUAUAUUCAUAUCAAAUGUAUUGAUAUUUUUUUAACUCUGAACUAAAACAAAGAU